AUGGGCGGAUCAGCGCAUCACGAACCCUUCAAGGCCCUCGGUCCCGUCUCCUGGCCCACCGACCUCGCCGGCCGUCCUGACUCCGACCUACAAGCCCUCCUAACCUUGACCUUCUCCGACGCCCAAACCCUCGUCGACUCGAUCCCGAUACCACCCAGCGUCGCAGCCGCCCACAAGACCGCCGCCGGUCGCACCCGCUCAGCCACCGACUCGGUCGUAACCAGCCAUCACACAACUGGCUCCCACCAGCACCCUCCCAAGCUCUCAGCAGAAGCAGCCGAAACAGCCACCAAGCUGCGCAAAGAGUGGAAGGAGUGCAAGGUUUCCUCCCCGAAAGAGAACCCGCUCGGCAUUAACGUGUACAAGCUCUCAUCGAAGGACGGAAAGGGCGCCUGGUUCGCUCGGAGGAGCGUCCAUAAGGACAUGAGCUUUGAUAAGUGGAGAGCUGGCUUGGAAAGGGAGUUUGUCGAGAGCAUUAAACGGUACCAGGAGAAUGGGACGGAGCCGGGGACGGGGAAUAUUAGAGGUAUUGGGGGAGAGAGGAGGAUUGAGCGCAUUCCUGGGCCGACUACGCCUAGGGACUUUGUCACUUGUUUGAUGAUGCCCGGGCAUGGGAAUGCCCCUUCGAAAAAGGGAGGACCGAGACAGCCGAGACAGUUCAUGUUGGUGUCAAGACCUUGCGAACACCCCGAUGCGCCGGCUCGGUCGAACUUUAUCCGGGGACAGUACGAGUCUGUCGAGGUCAUCAGGGAGAUUCCGCUGGACAGGCCGUUGAGAAAGACAAAGUCUUCUACGGAACUUAGUAGGGAGGAGUUUCACGAGGUGAAGGAUGCGCUGGACCAGGCGGGCGUGGAUGAUAUCAAGAAGGAGGCUGUGCUGCGGUCUGCUAAGCAAGCGUCCGCGGCAGCGGCUGAUGGCGCUGAUGAUCGUGGCAGAUCGUCUUUUAAGGGUGAUGAGGAUGAUCAGCAGUUUGCUGUUGAGUGGCUCAUGGUGACACGCAGUGAUCCCGGAGGCAGCGUGCCUAGGUUCAUGGUCGAAAGAGGAACUCCUGGCGGUAUAACUAAUGAUGCCGCGCGUUUCGUGGAUUGGCUGUCGACCAUGAGUAUUGAGGAGCUUACCGGAAGCAGCGAUGACGAGGUGCCGGAGAAGACCAUCGAGACUGUCCCAACGCCUGGCGCCACUACGACGGCACCAAACCAGAUUAAGCGCAAGGAGGUUCCCGUACAACAGAAAAGAGCUCCUGGAGUUGAUAAGGUCAACCAUGCUCAAUCUCCGUUACGGCAGACAGAGGCUGUUGAGGAAGAAACCCCUGCUUCACAGUCGAGUGGCCUCUACGGUAUGUUGACCGGCGCUCUCGGUGCAGCAGGCAAUGCCGUAGCCAACAAAGUAUCCAACUUUGCCGGCACCACCAACGACACGGAAGACGACACCGCUUCACUUGCUUCCUCCACCUCUUCCUCUGACAUUGAAAGCGACACCUCAUCCAUCCGCAGCUUCGUUUCCGCGACAGAAGGAGAAGGUCACGCCGUCAACGCAUCCGGUCAAUCCGUCGCAGCUAACGGCGUCAACGACGACAUUACCAACGAUCUCACCAAUGCGACAUCAAUCCGCUCCGACCUCUCUGCCACGGAAUCUGCCUCUUCCCUUCAGCCCAUCACCACCGGCGAAAACGGCAGCAUCCAUCUCCCUGACCACUACUCCGCCCGGCGCGAGAAGCAUGAAAAGGAACUCCGCAAGCUCGAGGAGCGCCACCGCAAGGCCGAAGAGAAACUGCACCGUCUCCAAGCCAAACAAGCCGCCAAGCGGCGCGAGCAGGAAGAGAAGGGACUCGCCGCCGCCGCAGCCGCCGCCGCCCUUGACGAUGACACCGCCUCCAAGCACAGCAAGAGCAGCAAGGCGGCGCAUGAGGACGCUCGCCUCGCCAAACUGGAACAGCACCGGCUGCGGGAGGAGCGCAAGGCGAAGGAGAAGUUGAGGAAGGCGGCCGAAAAAGAAGAAAAGGCGAACGUGUUGAGGGAGAUGGAGAAGGUGAAAGCCGAGAGGGACCUGGCGCUGAGGCAGAUGGAGAUGCUUAGAGAGCAGGUGGGCGAGUUGCAGAGGCAGAACACCAUGCUGGCGGCCAGGUUGGGCAAGUAUGAGGGGCCUGCGGCUGGAAGUGAAGCCGCCGUUGUAGGAGAAAGUCAAGCUCCAGUGGUUAAGAACGGCAACGGCGUUGUAGGGGCGUAG